GCCUCUCCCCGAAGCAAUUGCCCUAAAAGUUUACCCCAUUCCUUCCUUCCUUCCUUCGCUUCCCCCUCGAUUACCAUGAAAUCCCGCUCCGCUUCUCUCUUCCUCAUCCUUCUCCUCCCACUUCUCGUCGUCGCCACCGCUCGGAUGGGGCGUCUAGUCGGCGGCUGGGAGAAGAUCAAGGACGUGAAGGAUCCGCACAUUCAAGAGAUCGGAAAGUUCGCGGUGUCUGAGUACAACAAACAAUCGAAAGGCGCACUCGAAUUCAAGGACGUCGUCAAAGGAGAAUCGCAGGUCGUCUCCGGAACGAACUACCGCCUGGUUAUCGAGGCCAAGAAAGGUGAAUCGAUCGGAAAAUAUCAGGCGUUGGUCUGGGAGAAGGCAUGGCAGCAUUUCAUGGAACUUACGUCCUUCAAGCCUGUUGCUAAUUAACCAGUAAAGCCCUAAUUUAUGAUGUGUUUCUUGGAAUUUGGUGAUUUUCGUAUAAAUUUCUGGGGAAAUCGUUGGUGGAUUUUGUUUGUUAUCAGAUCUAUGUGUUCUUCAAUAAUCUGAUCUGUGUUAGUUUGGAAAUUUUAUAUUAUUACGAAGAUAUGUUAUAAAUGUCUCAAAUGCUAUUGGAUUUCCUAUCUGUAUAAAAGGGAAUAAAUAAAAUUAUGUAUACUUUUGUCUA